CAACACUCGAACAGAGUGCCACAGAGUAUGUUAACAAUAUCUGUUUGGAAUUAAUAAUAAUUUCAUUUAUUUCUGAUUUCGUCUGAAUCUAAAAUUUAAACUUCAAUACCAACUUGAAAUAAAUAAACCACAUUAUGUUAUAUUUAAACCAAUGACUAAUAAAAAUGAAUAAAAACUAUGAAAGAUGUACACAUUGUAAUCGGCGUAAGUGGCUUACAACAGGAUGCCUUCGAAAAUGGAUAAAACCAAUGGAAUGUAAACAUUUUCAACGAACAAUUGAUAGCAAACGAGAUUUCUCUAGUACAGAAAUUAAUUGUGUAUUUCUACCAGAACGCAAAACACCAAUGAAUACGAAUAAAUUUGUGAAAUUUUGGAAGAACAAAUUGUUUAUUACUGGUAGUGUAAGAUCUUUGCAAAGAUAUUUUGGAAACAAAACGGGUGGUGAACAUAUUUGCAAUUUCAAUAAAAGUAGUUACCCUUCGUCAUCUACGGAAAAAUGUAUUGGAUCUCAUAGUAACUGUGAAAAUAAAAAAGAUCUUGAACCUAGUAAACAGACAAUGAAAUGUCAACAUGCUGAGGGCCAUUCAGUCCUACGUGGUCAUCAUCAACAUGCGUCUGUGGAAACUUGUGCUAUAUAUUGUCAAUUAUCUAAACAUGGUUGGUAUUGGGGAGGAAUAACAUCAAGUGAGGCUGAAGAAUUAUUAGCUGGUCAGCAUGAUAAUGUUUUCCUUGUACGUGACUCAUUUGACUCUCGGCAUAUAUUGUGUGUAUCAUUCCGAUGUGUUGGACGAACUCUGCAUGCUCGCCUAAGGCAUGCCAAUGGACUUUUCUCUUUGAAUAAUGAGACAUUUGUACCAGCAAAUAGAAUAUCAGAACAUUGUGCUGCUGUGGAUGUCCGGUCAAAUUUAUUUGAGAUGCCAGUGAAAUUGGCUAGACCAUUAAACAGAUUUGCGAGACUGGAUUCUCUACAAAUGAUCUGCAGAUUUGUCAUACGUCAAACAGUUUCAGCGAAUGUAUGGGAGAGGUUGCCUUUACCGCCAAACUUAAUAUUAUAUGUAUCUCUGGGUAGUGAUUAUAUAGUCCCCUCAUAGCUAAUACAUAUUGUAAUACUGUGCCUUCAGAGUCAAACCACUCCUUGUAAAUUAAGCCUAUUUACAUAUAACGGACUGUCAUUUAUUAUGACUACUAUUACAUUAUUAUAUGUAGAAAGUGUUCAUAAAUUUUAUACAAAAA